AUGGAGUUCACUAGCCAAGAGUUCGUGGUGGGAAAAUGCCAGGGUGAAAAAUUGGUACAUGGUGAAACCAUGCCGCUAGUGUUACUGCCCCGAGAGGGAAGCAAAAAUGGUUUCGAAUCAUUAGUAGAGGGUUUGAAGAAAAACAAAGAGUGGUUUGAGCAAUUGAUCAUCAAGAAUAGCGCUGUUCUUCUGAGAGGAUUUGAUGUGAAGAAUGCUGAAGAGUUCAAUGAGGUUGUGGAGCUUUUUGGUUGGGAGGACAUGAGGUAUGUUGGACCAGCUCCAAGGACGCAUGUUUACAAAAGGAUAUGGACAGCCAAUGAGGGACCCUUGUCGGAGUUUAUAUAUUAUCAUCAUGAGAUGGUUCUGAUUAAGGAAAGCCCCAGUAAGGUCAUUCUGUUUUGUGAAAUUCCUCCACCUGAAGGUGGACAGACACCCUUCGUGCCAAGUUUCCGAGUGACUGAAAGGAUGCUAGAGGAGUUCCCGGAGAUGGUAGAAGAAAUUGAGAAGAAAGGAUUAAAAUACACUUUCACAGCUCUUAGCAAGAAUGAUACGUCUUCCAUGAGAGGUAGAGGUUGGGAGGACGCUUUUGGAACAUCAGACCGUGCAGAAGCUGAAAAGAGGACCAAGUUGCUGGGAAUGGACGUUGAAUGGCUUCCAAAUGGCGGGGUCAAGACACUCUUGGGUCCUAGACCACUGACUAGGGUAUUUGAGGGAAGGAAAGAGAGAAGGAUGUGGUUCAACACCAUGGUUGGGAUGUAUGGGAAGGAGCAUAGCUCGGCAAUGAUGGCAGAUGGAACCGAGAUACCAGAAAAUGUGGUGAAGAGAUGUGAAGAGAUCAUUGAAGAAGAAAGCAUUCAAUUCAAGUGGGAAAAAGGGGACAUUCUUUUCUUGGAUAACAUGGCUACUCUUCAUGGCAGAAGGCCUUCCCUAUCUCCCAGAAGAGUCCUGGUUACCAUAUGCAAGUAGAUUCCAUUCUCUUUGGUGAUAUUCCCGGGAAGAGCAUAUCCUGUUGGUGAAAUGUUACUUUGUUGAAUAAGGAAUCUUUGUAUCACACCACA